CAUCUUUCAAUAGAAGUUACGAAAAAUGUAAACAAACUUUAACAUUGAAACAGCCAAAAUAAACAUUAUUUUGAAUGCUUUAAUACACCAAUAGUGACAAGUUGGUUAGAAAUCAAUAAUAAUAAAAUACAGACAAGAUUAAAUGAAAGAAUUGCCACACUUUACGAAAAAUCAAUCUAGAUUUGUUUACGUAUUUAUUAAGUUCUAUUGAAAUAUAGUGUAGUAUGUUAAUUUAUUUUGUAUCUAUUAAUAAUAUCUGUCAUUGUACGGGGCAGCGCGCACAUCAUAUUGCAUACCGAUGCAUUUUACAUCCAAGUCAUUUAUUUUCGAGUCAGUUCGUGUACCACCAUCAGCAAGACGUCGCGUACUCGCACAAUGACAUUUUUAUCAUAUAAACAAUAACUAAUCAGUAUAAGCAUAUCAUUAUACAAUUACUCAAUAUUGGAGUUGUUAUAAUUAUCACAACAGAGGGUUGUGUGGACAAACCAUACAGUCAUAAGUACUUAAUAGUCUCUGUUAGUUAUACCGUUAUAUUAAGUAGAGGCUAAAAAUAAUUUCAAAAGAUAAUAAUCAUGAAUAAGAAUAAUAAUAUGAUGGAUGAGCAAUAUUUGGAAGUAUGAAGAUAGUAUGUAAAAAGUUCACAAACCAGGUCAUCUCUAUAGCCACUACGUUAUUUGUUUCAUAAUUUAACGUCAGGAUAAAAAAAAGCAAUUGUAUAGGUUGUUCUGGUAUAAUUUGAUAUAAAGUUGAUAUAUAUAAUAAAACAGCUUAUUAACUUUAUUAUAUGUUAUGAUUCCCACCUUUAUGGGAUAUAGGCAUAUAAACACGCAAUGCAUGAUCAUGCAAUAUUUGAUUAUUUAUUUAUAUAAAAGUGUAUAAUUGAGUACAAUUUUUCUGUGAAACAAUCACAUAUUUUUAUUUUAUUUUUUAAAUUAAAUUUGUGUCUUAAUGUAUACCCUCACUAAUUAUGUUACUGGAUGCUUUUUUACAGGUGCCAGUUAUGGAUAGACGCUUGUCGAAGACCUGACUUGAGAGAAAAAAACAUUGAACAAUUAUAUAAUAUGUAUAUAUGCAGCUUACAUUUUGAAAGAUGGACGUAUAUGAAAAAAAAGUUAAAAAAUGCUGCUAUUCCCAUGUUAAACUUACCAUGUACUUCAAUAAACCCCAGGAGUACACAAAGAGAAGCUCCAAAAACAGAGAUUUUAAGGAAUUUGCACAGCAGGGGUGGUCAAAACCAUAUUGCAGUAACUUCAGUAGAUGUAUCUCUUAUGACAUCUACUAGUGGCCAUACAUCGCAGACUAAAAAAACAAUGACAGAUUAUACACCAAGAAAAAUAAAACUUCAAAAAGGACUCAAUAAAUGUGCCAAAAACUUGAUGGAUGCAGAUGUCACCCAUCAACAAUUCUUACGAGGAUGUGAACAGCUCUUAACACCAAAUUUAAAUAAAAUUGUUAAAGCUCAGAUCAAUAUAAAACCUAAUUCUAGAAAUAACAGUAAAAUGCCACCAAAAAAAGCCAACCUCAGCGCCCGUAGCCGUGAGGCACGACGCAAACGUACUAAGAGAGCCCUCAUGUCGACAAAACAAAACACGGCAGUAAACGCUAUUGAAAGGAUAAAAAUACCACUAAACCAGUCUUCAAAUCUUGCAGAUACGAUGCUGUUGAAUGUGAAAGAAAAUGCAGAAUCUUUGGAUAAUUCGUGUGGCAAAUUGGAAUGUCGUGCGUGCCUUGAAAAUGUUGAGAAAGCAAAUUUAAUAGACAUUUUCCAAUCAUGGUCAACAGAACAGUUUAGUAUGGGAGUCACUCUUGCUGAUGAUCUGUGUAAAUUAACUCAAGUACAGAUAUCCAUCACAGAUCCACAUUCCAACUUUAUAUGUAUGCCAUGUCAUCAAAAAUUAUUAGAUUCAUGUAUAUUUAUUGCAAAAGUUCAAAAGAGUCAACAAAUCUUAAAUGAUAGGUACAAUGCAAUGUCUAACAAAAACAACUGGCCUAAACCUAUAGAAGUACAAAAGAACAUCGACAGUACUGUCUUGGGAGAGAGUACAACAGUGGAAAUCAAACAAGAAGUUAUUUCCGAAGAUGAGGCUACAGACUUUGUUUUGAAUUGUGAUAAUGCUGAUCAAUUGAUGGAAAUUAAAAUUGAGCCUGAAGAGUUUGAGGAACCUGAAAUUGAAUCUGAUGUUGAAAAUAAAACAAAAAAGCCAAAAAAUGAGGAACAAGCUUUAAAGAAUGAAUUCAAGCAUAAUAGUAUAGAAUUUACAAAUCCAGUAUUGCCAAUGCCUCAGAAUUCAUUGCCUGACAGAAUAUCUGACUUGAUGGAAAUUAAAGUAGAGCCUGAGGAGUCAGUGGAGCCUUUAGAAUCUGAAAUUGAUUGUGAGACUGCAGAGACUCAAAAAAAUCAAUUGAAUGUUGGAGAAGAUUCGAAAAAUGAAUUUAAUUUUGAUAAUACAGAUUCGUUGAACCACAGCCCAGUAAUGAAGGUCUCUCGGGAUUUAUUGCCUAUCAAAAUAACUGUGAACGGUUCAAUACCUGCAGAUCAAUUUGAGAAAAUCCCUGAUAUGAGCAUAGACAGACAUGUACUAAAUGGUGACGAAGUUAGUCCCGAAGUGUGUGUUAAACAUGAACCAGAUAGUGACAAUGACGACACUGAAUUCAUGAAUGAGAUGCCUUUGGAAUGCAUGCUCUGUAUGAAAUUAUUUAGCAGUGUUUCUGAGCUCAAGGGACACGUCGUUGCUCAGCAUUCCUACGUCUCGGUCAAGAGGAGAUCUGACUGUACAACUAGAAUUGCUCGCAACAAUUCAAAAUAUGUCUGUACAUUAUGUAAACGGAGUUUCGUAACGUCAACGGAUCUUAUGGUGCAUGAAACAUGUCACGACAAGUAUGCUUGUUACGGAUGUCGGAACAAAUAUGAUACAUUCGAACAGCUAUCAAACCACACCAAGACAUGUACAGCCGUCCAAUCCAAAAAACAGCAACAGCCGAAGACUUUGGAGGAUGUUAAGAGUACUGCAAAACCACCAAAAACCAAAGCAGAGUAUCAAAAAGCGUAUAGGGAACGCGAAAAAGCUAAAAAAAAUGAAAAUAAGCAAGAAAGUACUGCAAAACCACCAAAAACCAAAGCAGAGUAUCAAAAGGAGUAUAGGGAACGCGAAAAAGCUAAAAAAAAUGAAAAUAAGCAAGAAAGUACUGCAAAACCACCAAAAACCAAAGCAGAGUAUCAAAAGGAGUAUAGGGAACGCCAAAAAGCUAAAAAAAAUGAGAAUAAGCAAGAAAGGACCGCAAAACCACCAAAAACAAAUGCAGAGCAUCAAAAGGCAUUCAGGGAACGUCAAAAAAUGAAGAAAAUUAAAAAUAAACGAGAAAGUAACGCUGCAUUAAAUGCACCAUCUAAAACUAAAAAAACUCAAUCUGAACACUGUAAAGAGUAUCAGCAGAAAUCUAGAUUGAAAAAGCAGCGUGUUCAACUUGAUGCUUUACUAUUUGAAAAGAGUGAAGUUCCACAAUCAAAAAAAAUCAAGUUGAUUGAUACACAGAAUGUAACAAACAAAAAUUUAUUAUGAGACACAACGAAAUUUUGACUGAUCACAUUGAAUCAUCUAAAGAGCUGUUGCAUGAUACUGAUAAUUUACCAACACAAACAGGCAGGCAUAUUCUCAAAAAUCAGUCAUAAAUCUUCCAUUCCAAGCGAGCAACAUACCGAAUGUUCAAAGCCGAACGCCAUUUUACAGCGUUUAAUAAACAUUCCUGGAGACGGCAAUUGUUUAUUUUAUUCUCUCAUUGAAGUCCCAAGGCUCAGAAUAACACCAUCAGAACUCAAAAAACAAUUACUGGAAUCUCGAUAUUUUCAUACCUGCCAAAACCCAAAUAAUGCAAGAUUUAUACUUGUUAGUGAGUCCCAAUACGGAGAUUUAGAUUGCUUAUCGAUAUUUUCAAGAGAAUACAAUCAAAAUAUUUGGGUGCAUUUUCAUUUCUUCGAUACCAACACACGUCAAAAAAAAGUGUGGUUCUGUUAUUUUAUUGUGAAUGAUACACAAAACUUCAUUCACCUCCAUCUUCGCAAUCAGCAUUUUACUCCGUAUAUUGAAGUACAGGAAACAGUCAACAGGCUAUUACUCAAUAUAUUGAAACACAAGAUAUGAUAAUGGACAACAAUAUUCGUAGUCAAGACUCUGAAGACUGUAUUUUUGAAGGUCCUUCAAACUUUGAAAAUAAUAAAGCAGCCGAAGAAAAUUCCGAUGCAAGUGAAAUUGAAUUUGAUGACGAAAACGAUGUGAUUGAGAUGGAAUUUAUAGAAAAGCAUGUCACAAUUCCAGUUUACACAAAUUAUUAUUCUGACGAAGCAUGUUGCGGAUAAUAACAUGUACUUUUAGGUUAGGAAUAUUGUGUUCUUUUUUUUUAUAAUAAAUAAAUUUACUUCUUGAAAAUUAUUACCAACACAGCAGUAGUCAUCUAGAUUUUUUCACUGGCUUUAAAAAAAUACUUUUGGACAUUCUUGUGCUGUCUGUGAUAGGCUUUGGUGGAUGAAAGAUUUAAGUGAGACAUCUAGUAUACACGAGAAUAUUUUACAAAAAAUAUUGCCGGUAUUUUUUUUACUUUAAUCAAUUUUGUAUCUUUAUUGGUACUUCAUUUUAUUUUAUUACUAUAUGUUCUUUUUGCUAUUUCAGAAUUAUGUAUGUGGUACAAAUGUUGACAUUUGUUCUACGUGUAAAGUGGCUUUAAGCAAAGAAAAAAUACCUUUAAUGGCGACAUACAACGGUUUUUCAUACCCAAUAAUUCCAUCUGAUUUACCAACAUUAAAUUAUGUUUAAUCAACAAAUCAACAACUAUUCAUUUCACCGAGAAUUUAUUUCAUGCAAAUACGAAGACUUAGACAUGUUCAUGGUCAAUACGGUAUUUAUGGUCAAAUUAUAAAUGUUCCAAUUUAAGUUAAUACAAUGGUAAACGAUUUGCCUAGAAAUAUUAACGAUAACCAUUGCGUUUAUGUACACUUAAAGAAGAAAUUAGUAUAUAAAAGCAGUUAUGUUCAUGGCCUCAUAAAUCUAAAGAAUUUUAAAAAAUGGUUGACUUGUUUGGUAAAAACUCCGCUUUAUAUUUACUACAAUAUCACAAUCGACAAUACCUUUUUAAAUAAUAAUAAUAACGAAGCAGCUCCGGAAUUAGUGAUGAUGUCAGUGAGCAUGUGCCGAUUGAAGAUAAUCUCACAGCUGUGCAGAGAAAAAGAAGACGAAGAGAAUGAUGGAGAAGAUGAACAAGAACAUGCCAAUAUAGUCUUCGAAAAUGAUCCUUAUGCAUUGAUAGCGCAAUAUCCGGAUUCUACAAUCAAUGCAUCAGCAUCAUGCAAAUAAUUGCAAAAUGCAGCACUUAGCAAACUUGGUGCUGUUGCAAAAAAAAAAGAAAACUUGAUGGACACUCAACAAUUCUGCGAAUUAAUGAGAUCGGCAAAUACAAAAAAAAAAAUAUCUAUUAAUGAACAUUAUUCAUCAUUUACUAACUCCAAAUCUGCUCAAGUUUUCUUCACUGGUCCAGCUGGUAGUGGUAAGACUUUUGUCAUUAAACUUAUAAUGGAAAUUUACAACCGAUUUACUGACAAUGAUGGUUACUGCAAUGCUUACAUAACUUGCGCUUCAACUGGCAAAGCUGCUGUGGCAACUGAUGGUACAACAGUUCAUACAGCUCUUAAAAUGCCAAUUUCAAAAAUGUUACCUUUAUCAUUUGAAACGUUACAUUUGUACAGAUCACUUUUUAGAUAUGUUAAAGUAUUGAUCAUUGAUGAAAUAAGCAUGAUCAGCGCAGAACUAUUAGGCAAAAUUGACAUGCGUUUAAAACAGAUUACCGGAAGAGGUAAAGCUGACUUUGGUGGCAUAGAUUUUAUUUUAAUUGGGGAUUUACGACAAGCACCACCAGUAAGGGCAACAGCCAUAUAUAAGCCAGUUAAAACAAAUAUUUUUGGACCUUAUUUGUGGAGAACAUUAAAAUUUUAUCAACUGACUGAAGUAGUGAGACAGACUAAUGUUCAAUUUUCUAAUAUUCUAACUAAGAUAGGCAACGGAGAUCCAUUGGAUAAGGCUGAAUUUCAAAUUAUUGAAUCCAGAUUUUUUACCAAAGAAGAUGCCGAAAGAUUGUGUCCUCAUGGAGUUCGUUUGUUUUAUGAAAACGUUCGUGUUGACGCUUACAACAAUUAUGUUUUGCAAAAAUUUGAAAAAAAAAAAAUUUCUGCAGCUGACGAUGUGAUCAUUGGUUCAAAAAGUCGUGAACAAGAGACUAAUUGUCGUCAGAAACUGCAUAAAAACAAUCUCAAUGAAGUCGGUGGGUUACCAUACCAAAUUACUUUUGUUAAAUCUAUGUAUUACCUUAUUACCACUAACAUCGAUAUAACUGAUGGCUUAUGUAAUGGUUCAGUGGGAAAGUAAGUACAUAUGGAUUUUGAUGAAAACAACACCGUUUGGUUAGUUUGGUUAGAAUUUUUUGGUUCGAAAAAGAUAGGUUAUAAAAAGAAAGAAAAAAAGCUGCUCGACUAGCAAUUCAAUUUGGUAUCAGUAAUCUUGCUGUACCAAUUGAAUUGCGUUCAGCGAACAUCCCAUUGACAUCAGAUAAGAAAGUUACUGCGAAACGGAAGCACUUUCCUUUAGUUUCGGCUGCUGCGAUGACCAUCCACAAAUUACAAGCUGGAACAUUCGAUGAAAUUGUUUACGAAUACAAUAAGGGACAUCCACAAGAGCUUGUUUAUGUUGCGCUAUCUACGUAACAAACAUCGAAGGAUUGUUUAUUGUGACACCCGAAUGAUCCAACUAACUUCAUAUUCCACCAUAAUCGAGUGCAAGCAUCAUCAAAGAAAAGUUUGCUGCAAGAAUUUCAGAGAUUGUCGUUAAAUCCUAAAGCCCAAACGAUCUUGGAUUUUCUUCAAAUUAAAAAUGGCAUUUCCAUUAUCACAUUAAAUUGUCAAAGUCCACAAAGCCAUAGAUUGGAUUUGUCGGAUUCUGUAAUUCAAAAAACUAAUUUCUUACUUCUUUCCAAAGUUUGAUAUUCCUAAUUUCAACUGCAUUGCCCAUUCCAAGCGAGAUUACGUACGUACAGGUGGAGUUGCUAUCUAUCAAAAUAGCAAUGACACUACUAAUAUUUUAACAACUAUUUUUUUUUCCUACCUAUGCUGGUAGCCUUGAGAGGCUAUUUCAGCGUAACCUUAACUAGUAGGUGAGCUCACGGGGCUCAAACCUGACGACGUUGCUAACACGAACCCUAGCAAGAGCCGUGCUUCGCAGAAUCUACCACCGGAUCGGAAACGCGACCCACUGAGAAGAUCCGGCGAGAAACUCAGUGGGCUGUGUCUGAGGGUUCAUUUACUCGUCGAGCCCUUCGUCGCAAGCGACGGGUUCGACGAGAACGGUGACCGGUGCUUGAAGUACCUGAAAGCAUCGUUAGUGGAUCGGGAGGAUCCGAAAUGACGUGUUUUAACACCAAACAUGGACAUAAUCUUAAAAAAUACUGGCGAUGUGAAUGUUAGACGUACAGGAGUUGGAGACAUUUGUUCAGCUCACAUAUGUUAAACGAACAACGGAGUUGAAACUGUCAUGGUAAUAGUCUACAUUUCAACAAAUAAAAAAAUUGAAGAUGUGAAACAUUUCAUCCAUCGAGCGCUGCUAGAAUAUACUGAUGAGGUUUCUGAAAUACUUGGUGGAAACUUCCAUCAGCUUCCGAUGGUUUUAUCUGGAGACUUCAAUAUCAAUUUUGCAGAUGAAAAAUCAGAACCACUAAGAACAUUUCUUUUAGAAAAAUUUAAGUUACAUAUAAAUAACAAUCCAAAAGAAUCGACAUUACAGAUAAGGUACUACUAUUGAUGCUGUUUUUUCGAGGUAUUUGCAUAAAAUAGAAUCACAAACAUAUGUAUCAUAUUUUAGUUACCACAAGCCAAUAGGUUCAGCAAUAGAAUUUAAUGACGAGACUGAUUAAUAAGAAUUACUUAUAAUAAUAAACGUUUUUUGUAAUUAUUUUUCUAUUUCUAUGUAAUUUUAUGUUGUCAAACAAAAAUAAAGAGCCAUAUUUUGUUAUUUUAAUUGAUAAUUUGAAUUACGAUUUUUUUUUAUUUUACGUAAUUUGUUAUUUCCUAAAAUACUGGAUUUCCUAAAUACUUUCCUGUACUUAAAUAAAAACUAAUCAGUAAAAUUUAAGAGAAAAAUCAAGAAAACCAACAUAAAAUUGAGCACGAUUUUUUUUUUUGCCAAUUGUGUCGAUUCUACAUUAGCCGAAGGAACUUCGUUCCUACCUGGUGUCCCACGACACCAAAUCUUUUUAUUUUUGGAUAUGGUACGUCUGUCCUAAGUUAGGAUAGAAGUUAGUGAGCGCGUAAAGUUCAUAUUUUCUAAAAAAUUGAAGUAGUUUUGUGAUUAUGUCUAGUCUCAAAUGUGUUUUGCACACACGGGUACAACAUGUGACGUACCUCCUGUAUGGUAGAUGUUAAAGAAAACGCCAAAGGGUCAACAACAUGGCAAAGAUUAAAUUCAAUCGGAAGAGUGGUGUGUGAAGCUCAACACAUAUAUUCAUAUUUUUUAAGACAAUCGUAUCUAUGAUUACAGGAAAUAUUGUGAAUCUCCAUUCAAAAAAAGAAACAACAGAAAUAAA